CGUCAUAAUCGCCAUUACUGCGCUGCGAUAGAAACAAAAGGGAAAGUCGUCUGUGAUUGAAGCCAAACAGUAGCGUUAUUCGGCUCUUUUUUCAGACAAUCAUAUAAAAAAUAGUAAAUAUAGAUUGUAACAAAUGGCACAAAGUCCCACAAGCGGAGCCGUUAAGGCUCUACAGCUUGAACUAAAGAAAAUUGUUAGUGAGCCCGUCGAAGGGUUUCGUGUGAAACUGGUUGACGAUGAAAAUUUGUUUGAGUGGGAAGUGGCAAUUUUUGGACCUCCUGGCACCCUUUAUGAGGGUGGAUAUUUCAAGGCUGCAAUGAAAUUCCCAUCAGAUUAUCCUUAUUCCCCACCAAGUGUCAAAUUUCUUACAAAGAUGUGGCAUCCAAAUGUAUAUGAAAACGGAGAUGUGUGUAUAUCUAUACUUCACCCACCAAUAGACGAUCCACAGAGUGGGGAGGAGCCAUCUGAAAGAUGGAAUCCAACACAAAAUGUCAGAACAAUAUUGCUCAGUAUAAUAUCCCUCUUGAAUGAGCCGAACACAUUCUCACCUGCCAACGUAGAUGCCUCAGUUAUGUACAGAAAAUGGAAGGAUUCAAGAGGAAAGGAUAAAGAAUAUGAAACUAUUAUACGAAAACAGGUGCUUGGAACAAAGGAAGAAGCAGAGAAAGACAACGUGAAAGUUCCACUAACAUUGCAAGAAUAUUGUGUUUCUACAGCACCCAAAAAUGAAUCUUUAACCGAUGUUGACUUUUAUGAUGACGAUUACGCUGAUGAUGACGAUGAUGAUGAUGAUAUGUAUUACGAUGACGACGACGAUUCUGGAAAUGAGGAAUCCUGAUCGUUCAUUCAUAAAGUGGCCAUUUCUAUAAAUAGAAUAUCAUCCUCAUUAAAACUCUUUUUUUUGGAAAAAAACGCCAAUUUUUGGAAUAUAAAAGCAAAUAUAUGAAAUGUGGAAAUUGAGAUCUUGUACAUGUUUCUUUUUCUCUGAAUGUGUCAUAACUUGAAAAAAAAAUCAGUGUAAAUGAAACUGAAGGAGAAUAAAUGUGACAUCAUUUUGAAAUUUACCUACAUUUUGUGAGCAAAAGUUUCCAUAAUGGCUGUUUGAAAUAUAGAAAAAAACUGCAUGGUAAAAAAAAACUGCAUGUAGCUUCUUUACCUAUGUUUUAAAUGAUUUUGAAAAAAAGUUGAGAGUUUGUUGCAAUACUGGCAUAAUUUGGUAUGAUAGUGGUUACAAUAACUUGCCUUUACCACCACUUAAAUACAUUAUGAUAAUAUACACUAACAAAGAAUUAGGCCAGUCGUCACUUAUAAUCAAUCUGACUUGACUAUUAUGUGGUAUUUAUAGCUUGUAUUUUGUAGGCCAUUGUACAAAAACAGGGUACACAUACAUUAUCACACACCUGUGCCGCUUUUACAACUCUGUAAAAAUGGUAUUGCACGGUAAUGCAUAUAUUUUGAAGCAACGUUAUUUUCGUUAUAAACAUAGCGUUACAAUGCGCUAAAUGAUAGGGUUAUGCCAAAGGCGCAUCAAUGAAAAAUGAUGAUUUUUCACUUCAAACGGUCUUUAUUUUUGGUCUGUGAUAAAUAGAAUAUUAAAUUCGCGUAAGUUUGAUACUAAAUUUAUUGAACACGUUGAAACAUGAAUGUAUGAUAAGUAUUGCAGUAAGCUCUCAAGUUGUGUACUAGUACUUGUGUAAGUAAAACAGCAACAGUUUAUAGGGAUUAUAUUAUAAUGAUUGUAAAGUGAUGAGAAUAUUUAUAAAAGUAUUAAUUUGUACAAUGUAUACACAACCACCCCCUUUAUAUAAUAAUAACGGUGAUGAAGUCGAAAAUAAGCUUUUUUGAAAAUGAGAGAGGGUGAUAUUAUUUAUGAUGUAAAAGGGGUGAUAUAUAUGUAAAAGGAACUUAAGUAAGGGAGUAAAAGUGUGCAGUUUUCAUAAGGUAGAAUUGGAUUUAUGAAACUAUUGUAUUUAAGAAAAGUACAGUAGCUUCAUUUUAAGGUACAUGUAUAUAAUUACUUACAGGUUACUUUUUUGAAAAUUGGUAUUUAAUACAUGUAUAGAACUUAACCUGGGAAGAAAAGGAGGGUAAACAAUGUAGAAAAAUAUUUCUCGAUUUCCCUCGUAUGUUAACUUCAUUUGAAAUCUGUAAGAAACAUGCAUGUAAUGGUCAAAAAUUGAGAUUGAAUUUUAAAUUUAUCCACAAUGGGUAUAAUUAUAUACAUGUACUAGAUCCUUAAACCUUUGAUGUUUAUCAUGAGUUAGUAUUUUGAAGUAAAGACUUGCAACAUAUCAUGUUUUUAAUUGAUCAAAAAUUUUGUUAUUGUGUAAGAAAAAAACAUUAUUUUCUGCUGAAUCUCUUCAGAAAUUGAAUAAUAAUGAAAUAGUCUUAAAGUUAACAGUCAUUUAACUUUACUACUUUAAAUUCAAAGAUUGAUACUUUUGAUUGGAUAAUGGUUAAUUGAAUGCCUUUUGAUUUGUUGUUACCUUAAUUAAUUACACUUUACAUAAUACAUAAUUAGAAACAAAGAAGAUACGAAGAUUUUACAGUGAGAAAGUUCACAACCUCUUUCCUUUAUUGUUGAGGUAACUGCCGAGAAGCUUGAUUAAACCUGGAAUCUAGGUAAAGGUCUGAACAUAGGUUAAAGCCGGAAUAUAGGUUAAUGUCUGAACAUAGAUUAAAGACAUUUUCCUGAGUUUUCAUAUAGACAUAUAGGCAAAAUUAAAACUGUUCUUUAAACUUGGCACGUUAUUAGAAUAUGAUAACAGAAACAUUUUAAACAGAAAAAAUGGCAAACAUCUAGGUUAAAACUGGGGCCUAUGUUGGAGCCUUACUUGUUCCUUGACUAUUGUCACAUGACACAAAUUCUUGUAAGUGCAGGAAAAGCACUUUACUUGGGCCAUAGAAGCUACAAGGUUUCCUUUCAAGCUGAAAUAUUUAUAAUUUUCAUAGACAGUUUUAUGAUCUCAAUUAUAAAUUAAUAUAGAAAAUCAUAUUGUUGAUUCAUUAAAACAUAAGAUGCCAGUUUGGAGUUACAAUACAAAAUGUGCAUCAUGAUAUGCCAUGAAUAUAUUGUUGUCAUGAUGCCAUGAGUAUAUUGUCAUGGCAACCAGCACAUAAUGUGUAGUGUGACAGAAAUCUAUACAGUUGACAGCUCUAGGCUGUUCUUUUUUAUCUUGACUUUGAACGUGGCUUGAAAACUUGACAAUGUUUUCACACAGAAUCUGUCGGCAGAAAGGUGAAAGAAAAAGUAUGCAACUUUUUCUCUACCUUUUUUUUUUUUCCAAAAAAAAAAAAUGAAAUACAAAGAAAAUGUUAUUAGUGAGUAGCUGGGGUAGAUAUUUGAUGUUGUUAUUUGUUGGACAUGCAUGGAGAAUUGUGAAUGUUGUAAACAUGUUGAACACUUCUCACAUUUACUACAGAUUCUUGUAUUCUAAAAAAAAAUAAGUGAGAAUGGUGUCGUUUUCUGAAGUUUAAGUUUAACAGUUUGUAAGUGGUCAUGUGACCUGCAUUAUUUCAUUGUGAUUGUAAUGUCAACUGAGUACGAGUAUUAGCUAUAAAACCAAGUUUCCAUAUUGGAUGACUAUAUUGAUAAGUACUCAACAGAAUGGAAAUGUCAAGUUGAAAGGUGGUUAAGCCAAGAAAUAGGAAAAAAAUUGUCAUCUUGAUUUGCUUUUUUACAGUAUUUUUAUGCUUGGAUCUCGUGUAAUAUAAAAUUCACCUUCAAAAUGAUAACUAGUAAUAGAUCAACUAGUAUGAAUAGUUCUUAAAUAAAUGUAACAUCUUUGUAGGAUUUUUCUUCAUUUUUGUUUUCAUCGCAUUUAGGGCGAUCUCCCCUUUUUUUCAGAAUUUUAGAUAUAAGAAUCUGUAGUAUUUGUUAUUUAUGAAGAACAGAUCUAGAUAUAGUAGACAAAACUUGUAUAUUUUUCUUUAUUAUAAUUAUUGAUUAAAUAUUAUUAUAAUUAUAUAAAUAUAUAUAUAUAUAUAAAUUUGCUGAGUUUGUACCACGUGUUUGUUUGUUGUUAGAAGUUGGGUCAGGAAUAAAUUUUAUUAUACAUGGUUGGGUUGAAUGUGUAGCUUUAGGUUAACAGAUGUUGAUCCAGGUAUUUGUUAGGUUUAUAUUUCGAUAAGGUGUCAGUUGGGUAUAUAGUAUUUUGAUAAAAACACAACUUUUUUUUUAAAGAACUUUUUAUGACAUAAGUCUAGUGAAAUAAUAAUUUUCAAACUGUUUUUACUGGAGGUGAACACAUAAAGUGCGACAGACAAAUUAGUUUGUACUUCAUGUGCUAGUAAGAAGUCAGGUGGAAGUUUCUUCCUCUAGAGUCACCUAAAUGAUGUGUGUAUGUAUUUUAAGGGAUUCCUGAUAAAGUUUUUCAGAUGUUUUUUUUUUUUUUUGCAUCUUACUUUCUUCAAAUUCUUGGUUUCAGCGGCUUUUUGUUUCUUUUAUUUUCUUUAUGGUGAAUAUCAUAUGGGAAAUUUUUUUCUGAUCUAAGACCUUUUGGUCACCUUAAGGUAUUAAUGUAUUCUAUUAAAUCAGUCCUAUUUAUAAUUAUACAGGACUUAACUUUGUGGCAUACUGUUUUCUAUUUUAAUCUGAUAGGGGUAUUAGUUAUUCUGUAUGAGUUAAAUGUGUUUGAUGGAAAGGUGUGGGACAAUCUGUGUUUAUGUUAAACCAGUGAUGGUUUCCUCCGUUGUAAAUUGGGUAAUAUUUACAAGUUUCUGUUUACUUUUGAUAUUUUUUGACUAACUAUUGUUAAUGCAAGUAUUGGAAAUCAGGUUAAUAGUUUUUGUUCUAGUUAUGUACAUGGUAACAGAAAGUGUUUGGGACAUAAGCAGUUUGGCAUAUAUUUUUUUUUUAUUAUUAUUAUUUAUUUUUUUUAAUGCUAAUGUGGGCAUGAAAGAUUUUUGACAGAAUUUUUUUCCCAAGCUCUAGAAUAGCAUUUUCAUUCAAAUAUUAAUUAUAAAUGCAUGAAUUAUAAUAUAAUAUUUUCAAAAAAUACACAUAAUGUGCUUACAAAUUAUUUAAUUGAUGAUUAACUAUUGAUAUGAUAUUGAUAUGUGCCCUGAAAUAUUAAAUUUUUUUAAAGAUAUAAUGCGCAAAUUUAAAAUAUUUAUUUUUUCAUGUGACAAAAUUUAGGCAAAGAAUGCUUCUUUGCAUAAAUGGUUAGUUUUUUGUUUGUUGAUUAUUGUAAGUAAUAUCCAGUAUAUACAGGAGGGUAUAAUUGACCUGGAUAUUGUAGUAAUUUCAUUAAAUUUUGCAUUUUGUGCUUUUCUUCGAUGAGAAACCCUUAUUUGCUGUUAAUUUUAUUUGUUGUUUAUUUAUUUUUAAGUUACAACUGCCAGCAUUGUAUGAUAUGGGACUUUUGUGUGUGUGUGUAUUUUCUACUUUUCAUUAUUUUUGGUUUUCUAACUUGCUAUUCUUGACUUGGCUUUGGUAGGUAUAAUACAUGUGUUUUGUGUGUUUAGGUUGUCAGUUAAAGAGGUUACAUUUUGGUUUUGAGCUUUUUUCUGCGCACAUCAAACCUUUAAGUACUUGCAACAACAAUAACUUUGCUAUGCCAUAUAAUCAGAAAUAUCUGCCCAGCCAGUCAUAUUUGACCAGGCUGUGAUCUGUUGGCAGCUAGAUUUUAUGAUUUGAUAUUAAAAUCUAUCACAUUUACAUGGACAGUUUCAACUCCAAAGCAGGACAAAGCCUCUACACAAUUUCACAAAGGGUAAUGAUUAAAGGGCAUAUAAUGAUUUACAAAAUUUCCAAUAGCAAAAUAUGUGUAUGAAAUAUAUUUUUUCAAGAAAAGAUGAACUGUCAUGCUUUUACCAUAUGGUGGUAUCUAGAGAGUGUUUCAACAUAAUACAAAUGUGUGUUUACAUCUUUGCUAUUUACGGAACAUUAAAAUUAUUUAUAUCUAAAAGAAUGAAUUGUUCCCCAGAAAAAUAUCAAAAUGUUGGCAGGUUUGGUGAUGAUCUUGUGCAUGAGUCAAAUGCUCUAUAGGACAUUUAUAGACCUAAUAAAUUCUUUUAUUGUUGUGACUUUAGCUUAUAUAAGGUUACACACAUUUAUUCUACAGAUUACUGAAAAGCCUUUGAUAUAGUGUUAUAACUUUAUGAUUGAAUUUGGAUACUUACAUAUCAAAAUUCAUGCUAUUUCUGUAAAUUAUCUGAGAAUUUUUUUUCCUUUUUGAACAAAUAUCAAACAAGGACGACUUUUACCAAUCUGAUUCCUUCUUUUUGUUUCAAAUGCUAAGUUAUAUUUCAUUGUUUUACCCUUCUGCUUACAAAAUACAGGCUUUCUCUGUUUUUAUGUUGGAAAAAAAUAUAUAUAUUCUGAGUAAUUUACCAUUGAAAAUAAGUAAUGUUCAUUUUCCUGGUAUAACACUUUCUGAUGAAUAUGUUUAUAUAUGUAGAAGUAUAAAAUCAUCAGAACAGUUUGUGAUUCAACUGAAUCAACACUAAAAAAGUGAUAAUUUUGAAAGGAAAAAAAAUUGCAUAUAAUCUUAAUUUUCUUUUGAGCUGUAUAUACAUGUAAUGGCUUAAUAUGAACUAAAUAUUCAAAUUUUCUGUGUAAAUUUUGCAAAGUUUUAAGAUAAGAAAUAUUUCUGAAAGAUUGUGUAUUUAUAUAGAAGUAAAAUAGAUUGAUCUGCAAUGCAAAGUAGAAUUGUUAAAAAUUUAAUUGUUGACUUAAGGAAAUCAAAAUCAAUGUGAAUGUAUGUUAUGGUGAAUUUUUAGUUCAAUUGUGAGCUGAUGUAAAAAAAUCAAAUUUUUUCUCCUUAUUUUUUUUGUUUUUGAAAUUCUAUGCAGUUGUUGACAACUACAUGUAUAUUACAAUUGUAUAAAUCCUGGAAAUUGAUAACAUGUGAGGUUUUUUUUUGUUUUAAUGUACAAAUCCCCAUUCUCAUUGGCUUAUUUGUAAAAAAAGAAAAUACUGAAAAUUUAGCGAGCGUUUCAUUGUGUACAUGUACGUAAGAAUGGUUAUAUUAACAUGUUUUUAUCUCACAGAUUUUGCAUUAUUGUCAUUAAUUUUUGUGAAUAUUUUUCACUCCGAAGAAUAUUAAAAAAAAUUGAAAAUAA